UUUGCCAAUUCUACCUUGCCGCGGUCACACUUUUGCGAAUUCAUACCAAACCCGAUCGUGCGUGCUCUGUGUUUUUGCUAUUGCGUUGAGUGAAAUUUCGCCGCAAUCAGGACCUCGCUGUCCUGGAAACCAAGUGAACACAUCGGACAAUUGCCGUCAGUACGCUCUCGCGUGUUGUGAGUCCAGCCGUGUGCGUGUGUCGCCUUGCAGCAGUGUGCGUGUGUGCACGACCGAGAGGGAGAGAGCGGUGCAGCCGCAUCUGGGAAACUCGAUUGCCAAUAUUUCAUCGAGGAGGCAAUGUCGUCGAGCGGUCAACAAUUGAUGGCCGAUUCGCCAGCCUGCAGCUCCACCGACCACUCGCCGCUGGCCAAAAAGAGGCGAUUGGAGCCGCUUGGCGAGGGAGAGGGAGUUGUAGAAGCCGGUGGAGCAACGAGCAGUAGCGGCGGCAAAAAAAAAAGCAGCAGGCGGCGUGGAUGUGUUAAACAUGUGUCAGAACGAGACGACUAGUGAGCGCCAGCUGGAAUUGUGCGUAUCGUCGUCCACCUCUGACACGUGCGGUGUUAACGCGUUGGCGAAGCGAGCCGACAAGCAGAGUCAGCAGCAGCAGAAGCAGGGAAGCGACGACGUUAGUACUUCGUCAGCAGUGGAAAAGGAAGGAAGCAAGCGCCCAGAGAAGCGCAAUUACUUGGACACCACCACCUCAGAAUCGCAAGAAGCAUCCUCCAGCGGUCAAAACAACAGCAGCGACAAAGUCAGCUCCAGCAACAAUAACAACAAUAGCAGCAGCAACAACAACACUAGUGGCAAUCGGCACCUGGAAGGAAGCAGCAGCAUGGCUGGAAAUAGUGCCGCCGCGGGCGGAGAUAUCGAUGAAUCGCUGUACUCGCGCCAGUUAUACGUCCUGGGCCAUGACGCUAUGCGCCGGAUGGCCAACUCCGACAUUCUCCUGUCGGGACUUGGAGGACUCGGACUGGAAAUCGCCAAGAAUGUGAUUCUGGGCGGUGUGAAAUCGAUCACCCUGCAUGACACAGCAACUUGUGGGCUCCAGGACUUGUCAUCGCAGUUCUAUCUUACGGAGGCCGAUAUUGGCAAAAACCGGGCGGAGGCCUCCUGCGCUCAGUUGGCCGAGCUGAACAGCUAUGUGCGCACCUUGUCGCACACGGGACCGCUUACCGAAGAGUUCCUGCUCAAGUUUCGCGUGGUGGUGCUCACCAACUCGGAUGCGGAGGAGCAGCAGCGGAUCGGCCAGUUUGCCCACGAGAACGGGAUUGCCUUGAUCAUCGCCGAGACGCGCGGACUGUUUGCCAAGGUGUUCUGCGACUUUGGCGAGAACUUUACCAUUUACGACCAGGAUGGAACCCAACCGGUGUCCACCAUGAUUGCCAGCAUCACGCAUGAUGCCCAGGGAGUGGUCACCUGCUUGGAUGAGACGCGACACGGCUUCAACGAUGGUGACUUCGUUACCUUCUCGGAGGUGCAGGGCAUGCAAGAGCUCAACGGCUGCCAGCCUCUCAAAAUCACCGUGUUGGGACCCUACACUUUUAGCAUUGGCGACACUAGCCAAUUUGGCGAGUACAAAAGCGGCGGGGUGGCCACCCAAGUAAAGAUGCCCAAGACCAUCAGCUUCAAGUCCCUUGCGCAGGCCAACGAUGAGCCCGAGUUCCUGAUCUCCGAUUUUGCCAAGCUGGACCACCCAGCUACGUUGCACGUGGCCUUCAACGCACUGUCCUGCUACCGCAAGGCUCACAGCGGAGCCCUGCCGCGACCCUGGAACGAAGAGGACGCCAACAGCUUCCUGGAGGUGUGUCGGGCCAGCAGCAGCUCGGAAGUAGACGAGAAGCUGGUGCUGCAGUUCGCCAAGAUCUGCUCGGGCAACACGUGCCCGCUGGACGCGGCGGUUGGUGGAAUUGUGGCCCAAGAAGUGCUUAAGGCUUGCAGCGGCAAGUUCACUCCGAUUUUCCAGUGGCUGUACUUUGACGCCCUGGAGUGUCUGCCCACGGAGGGCGUGGCGGAGGCCGAUGCCCAGCCCGUCGGCUCGCGCUACGAUUCUCAGAUCGCCAUUUUCGGCAAGAAGUUCCAGGAGAAGCUAGCCGAUUCCAAGUGGUUUAUUGUCGGAGCAGGAGCAAUCGGUUGUGAACUGCUGAAGAACUUUGGGAUGCUGGGCUUGGGUGCCGGCAAGGGCCAGAUCUUCGUCACCGACAUGGAUCUCAUCGAGAAGUCGAAUCUGAACCGGCAGUUCCUUUUCCGGCCGCAUGACGUACAGAAGCCGAAAUCCAUGACGGCGGCCGCCGCCAUCAAACGCAUGAAUCCGGAAGUGAAUGUCACCGCCUACGAGCUGCGUGUUGGCCCCGAGACGGAGAAGGUCUUCUCCGAGGACUUCUUUGGCAAGCUGGACGGCGUUGCCAAUGCGUUGGAUAACGUGGAUGCCCGUAUCUACAUGGACCGCAAGUGCAUCUUCAACCGUAUCCCUCUGGUCGAGACCGGAACGCUCGGAACCUUGGGCAACGUCCAGGUGAUCGUUCCGUUCCGCACCGAGUCGUACAGCUCCUCGCAGGAUCCGCCCGAGAAGAGCAUUCCUAUCUGCACGCUAAAGAACUUCCCCAAUGCCAUAGAGCACACUUUGCAGUGGGCGCGCGACGCCUUCGAGGGCGUCUUCAAACAGUCCGCUGAAAACGCUGCUCAGUACAUCGCUGAUCCGCAAUUCACCGAGCGAAUUGCCAAGCUGCCCGGUAUUCAGCCCUUGGAGAUCCUCGAUUCUAUUAAGAAAGCUCUGAUCGACGACAAGCCCAAGAGCUUUGCUCACUGCGUGGAAUGGGCCCGCCUCUACUGGGAGGAUCAGUACGUUAACCAGAUAAAGCAGCUGCUUUUCAACUUCCCACCCGAUCAGAUCACCUCUAGUGGUCAGCCGUUUUGGUCCGGUCCCAAGCGCUGUCCUGAUCCACUUGUCUUUGACGUCAACGAUCCAAUGCACUUGGACUUUAUCUACGCGGGGGCCAAUCUGCGAGCACAGGUCUAUGGCAUUGAACAGGUACGCAAUCGCGAGACGAUUGCAGAGCUGGUGCAAAAGGUUAAGGUGCCAGAGUUCAAACCACGUUCGGGAGUGAAAAUCGAAACCAACGAGGCAGCCGCCGCCGCCUCAGCUAACAACUUCGAUGAUGGUGAGCUGGAUCAGGAUCGCAUGGACAAAAUCAUUAAUGAGCUGCUGAAGAACGCCGACAAGAGCUCCGUGAUCAUGCCGCUUGAAUUUGAGAAGGACGACGACAGCAACUUACACAUGGACUUUAUUGUGGCCUGCUCGAACCUGCGCGCUGCGAACUACAAGAUCCCUCCAGCCGAUCGCCACAAGUCCAAGCUGAUUGCCGGUAAGAUCAUACCAGCCAUCGCCACCACCACGUCGGUGCUUUCUGGCCUGGCUGUGCUCGAGGUGAUCAAGCUGAUUGUGGGCCACCAGGAGCUCGAAAAGUUCAAGAACGGAUUCGCCAACCUGGCGCUACCCUUUUUGGCGUUUUCCGAGCCGCUGGCCGCUGCCAAGAACACCUACUACGGCAAGGAGUGGACGCUGUGGGACCGCUUUGAGGUGACCGGCGAGCUGUCGCUGCAAGAGUUCCUCAACUACUUCGAGGAGAAAGAGAAGCUGAAGAUCACGAUGCUGUCGCAGGGCGUCUCCAUGCUGUACUCCUUCUUCAUGCCCAAGGCCAAGUGCUCCGAGCGGCUGCCGCUACCCAUGUCGGAGGUUGUGCGACGCGUCUCCAAACGCCGCCUGGAAUCGCACGAGCGGUCGUUGGUCUUUGAGAUCUGCUGCAAUGACGUCGACGGCGAGGACGUGGAAGUGCCCUACGUCCGCUACACGCUGCCCUAAGCCCAUACAUAUUCCUAGUUUACCCAUUAAAUUAUUUUACUAACCCGUUUUGUUGGCGCCGCGAUUCUAGCUGUUUGCAUUUUAAAUUAUAGAACACCACUACGGGCAGCCCAGAUCUAGAAAUUAUAUAUAUUAUGUGUGUAUCCUCUAAGGAAUGGCAAAUGAAUUCGCAACGUACGAAAUACAAAGACUCGACUUAAAGCAAAACCUAACUGCAUACGAAGAAACUCUCUGCUCAGCAUAGUUGUAAAAGAACCGAAUUAUUGGAGAUGUAAAGCGGACGGUCUUUAAUGCCAUUGCGUAAUUGGAAACUGGAAUCUGAUUGAGCCAGCUGGCAAAUUUCACACUUCUCAUAUAUUUUUUUUAUAUGAAAGCAUAAACUAAUUACGUCAUUGUAUUAAAAAAGAGUAAAGCAAAUGAAUAAAGCUGUAUAUUUCAUAUGGUAA